CGAUCAACGCCAUAUUGCGUUCAGUUUACACGGCUUUCGAGACGCGGACGCACCAUUUGUGUUAUUUAAAUUUCAGUUCAGACAUAUAAUAAUAUCAAAAUGGGUUGUGGUGAAUUCUUGGUAAAAUACAUAUUGUUCUUCGCGAACCUAUUCUUUGCGCUAGCUGGUAUAGCGCUUAUAGGACUAGGUGUCGCCGUUGAGCUGCAAGUGUCAGAGGUGACCGAGAUAUUUGAGGACUCGCAAAUAUUCCAGCUAACACCGAUCGGAGCCAUCGUCGUAGGAUGCAUCGUGUUCAUUGUUGCAUUCUUCGGAUGCUGCGGUGCCAUUAGAGAGAGCAAUUGUAUGCUCGUCACUUACGCUAUAUUUAUGAUCGUUCUUAUGAUCUUGAAAAUAACGCUGGCUACGUUGAUAUUUGUGAAACAAGACGAACUUUUGAAUGACAUUCCGCGCUGGUUGACGGAAGGUUUCUCCAGGGAUCCAGUAGCAUUCCAGAGCAUCGAAAGAUCAUUCAAGUGCUGCGGUCCUAUGGGCCCUGCCUCCUACCUCUCUCUCACACUGCCGGAGUCCUGCUGUGCCAGUACACCUUGCACCGUUGUCAACGCCUACUCUGGUUGCAAUACCAUUGUCCAAGACUUCUUCCAGACCUUUGGAUUGGCCAUUGGGGUUGUAGCCAUCAUCGUCGUGGCUAUUGAGUUGAUCGCAGUCGUGUUCGGCCUUUGUCUCGCAAACCACGCCCGCAACAAGAGCAGGCGCACGCAUUACUAAGCUCAAAUACUUAACACACUAUCGUUAGAUUAAGUUUAAUGAGAAUCGUCGUAUUAAUGUCGCAUGUUAACAAUUACUUUACGUAAUAUAAUUCCGUCUACAAUGUAUUACAUUAAUUUCUUAAUAACUAACAAAAGUUCAAUCGAAUUUUUCAAAAUAAUAAAUGCGUCAGAUUCACACUAUAAGACAUAAUUCGUAUUACUUUUGGCUUUGAACUUUUUAUUAUUUUGAUAGCGGAUUCGGAUAAUGUCAUCUGUAAAGCCUUUACGGUUCUAAAGAUUCAGCCCUGUGAUAGACAGUCAGACAAUCAUAGAUUUUGUAAUAGAAAAAAAAAGUCUCUAAAAGUGUCAUUUAUUAGAAUUUGUUGGAAAAGUUAAAUAACACUUUCCGUCAAUUCGUUUCUUUAUUUAAGAUUAUAUAUAUACAGUAUCACCUUGUAUGAUAAGUAGUGAUAUAUACAUAGCUGUACUAAGGUAUACUAUCCUAUAUAUACUAGGUAUUAUAACGUAAAGAAGAGCGCUAGUAAUGACAGUUAUAUACUUAUGAUAUAUUGAGAUGGGAUAGAAAAACGAAGACGUGUUCAAUGUACUGAUACGGUAAUUAGUCAAGACGUAACUGACUGAGCGAGCGAAUCAGAUGCCAAAUCUCUGCAGGUUUAAAUGCGUUAGGGUUGCUUGUACCUUGAAAUACAGGGUAGUUACUACGUUUUAAAAUAAAGUCUCUUUAUUUUGAUUUUUUUAGUUACAUCUCAAUUUACCAAGACAUGUUGGAAUUAAAGGAAUAGGAUUAAUUAAGUAUAAAAAAAAUAUGUUCAAAUCACGUUUUGACUGACAAAAACUUAUUAAAACUGAUGAUUUUGCGUCUCUAAAAUACUUAGUACUAGCAUUGUAUAAAACUUACAAUUUGUAAUUAGGAUAACCUAGGGCGCACGCCGACUUAAAAUAUAAUUAACAUAAGUGAUAAAUGUUUAUAAUAAACAAUAAAAACAA